UUUUAAUUAACAUUCUUUUUCUUUGCACAGUUCCCGAAUAAAAAUGAAUAGUUAAAUAAAUGAUCAAGUGUUAUGCAUACACACCCGUGCGUGCAUGCGCAGUAUACAUACCUAACCUAUAAUAUAUAUUUUUGAAUGCAUUUGAAAUCUAUGAGCGAUAUGUAUGUACGUACGCAUUAAUGAUCGAUAAAAUAAUUAAUUACAUACAUCUGAUAUAUUUUUUACUAUGGAACGCAAAAGAUUCUUAUUAUAUACGAAAAAAAAAGAAAAUAUCUAUUUUUGAAGAUAAUUUAGUCUUCUCACUCAGCAAACGUUCUCAUAUGUAAUAAAAAUAAAGGAUAAAGUCGUAAAGCUACUGUGUCAUAUAGCUAAUACAUGAGAAAAAGAUUAAAAUUUGAAUAGAAAUUAGAAAACAAUAAAAUAGCUAAAAGAUUGUAAUCGAAUAUAAUAAUGAAAGAUUGAUGCGCAAUCGACUAAUUUAAUCAAACGCCAUCUCGCGCUAUGUAAAGUAUCUAUUAAAAUCAGUAGUUUUCCAGUUCUGUUUCGGCAUUCGCAUAAAACGUAAUCAAGUACACCAAGAAUUGUGACGGAUUACAAUUCAUCACGAUAGUCAGAAAUAGGCAAGAGGAGCAAAGAGGACACGUAAAAGAUGGCGGAAGCCGUUGUAGACGGGGCAAUGUCCCGAUUUUUUUGUCACAAAUGCAGUAUCGAAAUUGAACGUUUAUUACCUGAUUACACAUGUCCAAGAUGUUCUAGUGGUUUCAUAGAAGAAUUGGAAAGUGAUAGCAGUGACAGUGGAUCUGGAAUGCAUAUUAGUAAUGACAUAGAUGAUCUUUUAGAACGUUAUGCAGAUGUUCCUUUGGGAGGGGAAUAUGAAAUGGAGUUUUCCAAUCAGUUUGAAACACCAGUUAGUUCUAAUAGAAAUAAUGGUCCUGCUGGUAGAAGACGAGUUCAUUGGUCACGUAAUGCUCAAGAUACACGUCGUUCUAAUAGCAGUCGUGGCAGACAGGAAGUACCUGUGUCUGUGGAGAAUUUCAUACAAGAUUUUAUACUUAAUCUCUCAGAAGGAGUAGCACAAGCUGCACAACUACCUGUAUUCAAUAUUAGACUGUUCUUGGGAAAUCCUGGAGAUUAUGUCUGGGGUCAAGAUGGCUUAGAUGCGAUUGUAACACAAUUAUUAAAUCAAAUUGAUGGAACUGGACCACCACCCUUACCACGAAAACAAAUUGAUGAAAUACCGACUGUAACUGUCAAUCAAUGUCAUGUUGAUAGUAAGCUUCAAUGUUCUGUUUGUUGGGAGGACUUUAAACUUUCUGAACCAGUUAAGCAACUUCCUUGUUUACAUGUAUAUCAUGCACCAUGCAUUGUACCAUGGUUAGAAUUGGGCAACCAACGAAUCAAACAAUUCUAGAACGCCAUCAACAUCAUCCUCGAGUGGUAAUAAUUCCAGUAGUAACUCAUCGAGUGAGAUUUGAGAUUGAUUAUCCUGUCUUAAUAUUUUCUUUACCCAGCAGGACACAUAAAUAUACACACACAACACGCGUCUAUUUUUCACUUUUUUCAAAUUUGUUUCCCGGCACUGUUCGCUAGAGCGAUGCUCAUAUAUAUUUCAUCAAUAUUGUAUCUCGACAUUAAUAUAAAUUUCAAGCUUUAUACUUCAAUGAACGGUGUAAUGUGAACCAUGAAAAAAAUAAUGCAGUAUCAAAUUACAACUUGCAUGUGUUGCUUUGCAUGAAUUAUAACGAGAUAUGAACAUUAAAAAUCGAAGAAGGACGUGCGUAUUUAUAGUUAAACUAAUCCUUGUUGCUAUAUAUAUGUAUAUAUUUAUUUACGCGCGGCUGCAUAUACACAAUUUCAUAGCUUGAAAAAACACGCAGAUCAUGAAGUUUCCUAAACAGACUUAUUUGAAAUUUAAAAAGAAUGUAUGUUUCUUUAUAAAAGUUUAAAUUUGGAUGUUUAAUAAAUUUAACAUGAUACAAUAAUGUUUACAAAAGAAAAAAAUAAAAAAAUACUGUAAUAUAAUCUAAGCGUAGGAAGUGUUAUAUAUAAAAAUAAUGGAACAAACAUUAGUGAUUUUAAUUGUGUACAGUUUAAUUAAAAAUUUAUGCAUCAAAUUCUUUCUAGUAUACUCUCUUUUUAAUUUACAUAAUUUUGAUUUUUGAUGCAAUUUAAUUUAAUAUUUAUAUGAAUUUAAAAAGUGUUAAAAAAAUUAGAUAUCUUAUUUAUAUUUUUUUCUCAAAACGAUGUGUCUAUACCAGCAUUGCUUUAUAAUUUGUUAUUAAUAUAUUAUAUUUUGUUUUGAUUAUUAACAAAUUUUAUUCAAUUAAUAUUGAUCUAUGAAGUGCACCAAGAAUCAGUUAUGUAACAAUGUAAUAGAAAUUACGAAAAAUGAAAAAUGGACCAUAAUAUUUGUAUAUCUGUUUCAAAUUGUAUUUUAUUUUUGUUAAAAUAUGGGUAUAUAUUGUUCUGUAUUAUUUAUGUCCUUAUUAUAUAAUUAUAUUACGUCAGCUUAUAUUAGCUUAAUAUGAAUUGUUCAUUUAUUAUUGAAUUGAUAUAGGUUUGGUACAGAUGCAAAUUUAAUUGUUCAUAAUUUACAGUUGGUAAUCAGCUGAAAUAAAUAUCAGAGACAUAUGAAUAGUAGAUAAUGUGAAUAGCAUUUAGAUACGGUUACGUAUCAUGUUAAACUUUAUAGGUUUCAAUAUAGUAUAUAAUUCAGCAAAUAAUUAUGCAAUACCAAUAUGUAUACAAAUACUUCAAUUUGCCAUAUUACAUAAUAUAUAAUAUAUUAUAGUGACUAUUCUUAUAAGUCAGUGAACUUUUGUUUCCACAGUACAUAUAAUAAAAUAUAAAGAAUACAUUAUUUACGUCUUUAUGUUGUCUGUUUUUAAAUAUAAUGAGUGAGCAAAGAUGAAAUAUUGUAAUUGAGAAAAAAAAAGAAUAAUGUAUUCAGUUUACAUAAUUAAACUAUUAUUUAAUUGCAAAAAAUUGUAAACAAGCUUCAAAAUAAAUAAAUCAUUUUUGAAAAUUUAAUUAUCGUAGAUAUUUAACAGAUAACAUAAAAAUAUAUAGUAGGAAUAAUAAUAACACAAGUAGUAAAACAUUUAACAAAUUUUGCAUA